AUGAUUCCCUGCGGAGCAGUGCUGUCAUUUGCUCGAUGUCUGAUCCGGAGAAAAAUUGUCACUCUGGACAGUCUAGAAGAUUCCAAAUUAUGCCGCUGUUUGUCCACCAUGGACCUCAUCGCCCUGGGGGUUGGCAGCACUCUUGGGGCUGGGGUUUACGUCCUGGCUGGGGAAGUGGCCAAGGCAGAUUCCGGCCCCAGUAUCGUGGUGUCCUUCCUCAUUGCUGCCCUGGCUUCCGUGAUGGCCGGCCUUUGCUAUGCUGAAUUUGGGGCCCGAGUUCCCAAGACCGGGUCUGCAUAUUUAUACACCUACGUCACCGUUGGAGAGCUGUGGGCGUUCAUCACCGGCUGGAAUCUCAUUUUAUCUUAUGUGAUAGGUACAUCAAGCGUCGCAAGAGCAUGGAGUGGCACCUUCGAUGAACUUCUUAGCAAACAGAUUGGUCAGUUUUUCAGGACAUACUUCAAAAUGAAUUACACUGGCCUUGCAGAAUAUCCUGACUUUUUUGCUGUGUGCCUUAUAUUACUUCUGGCAGGUCUUUUAUCUUUUGGAGUGAAAGAAUCCGCUUGGGUGAAUAAAAUCUUCACAGCUGUUAAUAUCCUGGUCCUUCUCUUUGUUAUGGUUGCUGGGUUUGUGAAAGGAAAUGUGGCAAACUGGAAGAUUAGUGAAGAGUUUCUCAAAAAUAUAUCAGCAAGUGCCAGAGAUCUACCUUCUGAAAACGGAACAAGUAUCUAUGGGACUGGGGGCUUUAUGCCUUAUGGCUUUGCGGGGACUUUGGCCGGAGCCGCCACCUGCUUCUAUGCCUUCGUGGGAUUUGACUGCAUUGCAACAACUGGUGAAGAAGUCCGCAAUCCUCAGAAGGCGAUUCCUAUUGGAAUUGUGACUUCUUUGCUUGUUUGCUUUAUGGCCUAUUUUGGGGUCUCUGCAGCUUUGACACUUAUGAUGCCAUACUACCUCCUCGAUGAGAAGAGCCCUCUUCCCGUAGCAUUUGAAUAUGUCGGAUGGGGGCCUGCCAAAUACAUUGUUGCCGCGGGCUCCCUCUGUGCUCUGUCAACAAGUCUUCUUGGAUCCAUUUUCCCAAUGCCACGUGUAAUCUAUGCUAUGGCGGAAGAUGGCUUGCUUUUCAAAUGUCUAGCUCAAAUUAAUUCCAGAACGAAGACACCAGUAAUUGCUACUUUAUCAUCGGGUGCGGUGGCAGCUGUGAUGGCCUUUCUUUUUGACCUGAAGGCACUGGUGGACAUGAUGUCCAUUGGCACUCUCCUGGCCUACUCUCUGGUGGCUGCGUGCGUUCUCAUCCUCAGGUACCAGCCCGGCUUAUCGUACGAGCAGCCCAAAUGCUCUCCUGAGAAAGAGGCUCUGGGAUCGUGUGUCGGUGCCGCCUCGAAAAGCGAGUCCCAGGUCACCAUGCUGCAGGGACAGGGCUUCAGCCUGCGGAUCCUCGUCAGCCCCUCGGCCCUGCCUACACAGCAGUCAUCUUCUCUCGUGAGCUUUCUGGUGGGAUUCCUCGCCUUUCUGGUUCUGGGUCUGAGCGUCCUGACCACGUACGGAGUGCAUGCCAUUGCCCGGCUGGAGGUGUGGAGUGUCGCUCUGCUUGUGCUGUUCCUCGUUCUCUGCCUCGUCGUCGUGCUCACCAUUUGGAGGCAGCCCCAGAAUCAGCAAAAAGUAGCCUUCAUGGUGCCAUUCUUACCAUUUUUGCCAGCCUUCAGCAUCCUGGUGAACAUUUACUUGAUGGUUCAGUUGAGCGCAGACACAUGGAUCCGAUUUAGCAUCUGGAUGGCACUUGGUUUCCUGAUCUACUUCGCUUAUGGUAUUAGACACAGCCUGGAGGGUAAUCCGCGGGGUGAAGAUGAAGAAGGGACUUGCUCAGACCACAUUCAUGCAGCGACGGAAGAAAAAUCUGCCAUUCAAGCCAACGACCAUCACCAAAGAAACCUGAGUUUGCCUUUCAUAUUCCACGAAAAGACGAGCGAAUGCUGACGCUUGCAGGUGCUGAGCCGGUCCACAGUCUUAAGGUACCUGUCCCCAAAGCAGUAAACCGGGACAGGGUGUCAGCAUCGGGCCUGGCUGCCGUGGGCUCGCUGCAAACAGAGUUCACCCUAACUUAUACUUACCUGGACAGCACCUCCUCAGGUGGUGAAUUAUGUACCUGGGGAGACCUCCCAAGCUCUCCCCUCAGCGGUGAAUACCCCCAAAUAGCAGGAGUGCGUGUGCGCACGCGCAUGUGUGUGUGUGCGUGCGUGUGUGUGUGUGUGUGUGUGUGUGUGUUGGGGUCCAUGACUGUUGAAAGUUGGUUGUGUGUUACUACUACUGCAUUAUGUUUUUCCAGUGUUGUCAUUAAUUGGUGGCUUAUAGCACAUACUGAAAUGGAGGCAACCACUGAAUAGAAAAGUGUUUUGUAUGUGCCUGGUGGGUUUGGGGACAUACCUGUUGCUUUUCUCUAAUAGGUGUCAUUAACGUCAAUUAGAACAUGCUAAAAAUGCA